AUGGCGGUGGUGGGGGCGGACAUGGCGGUGGUGGGGGUGGACACGGCGGUGGUGGAGGUGGAGGCGGAGGACGUCACGGGGGAGGCGGAGGCGGAGGAGGAGGAGGAGGUGGACACCGAGGUGAUGGCCCGGGCAGGCGUAGCCCGAGCCCGCAACGUCAAAGGAGUAGAGAUGGACCGGGAGGCGGUCAUCGAGGUGGCGGGGGCGGAGGACGUGGUGGAGGCCAUCAUGGCGGAGGAGGAGGAGGAGGAGGAGGAGGAGGAAGUGGUUUCGACAUGGGAAGCUUGGGCCGCAUGGCUCAGUCCGGCAUGGGGUCAAUGGGGGGCAUGGGUGCCAUGGCCGGAGGAAGCGGUGUCGCCAGUGCAAUGA